AGAUAUUCAGCGUUGUCCUUCGCAGCGUGAAGAAGGAAGGAGAAUGGAAGGUGCUGAUCAUGGACUGCCCCAGCACGCGCAUCCUUUCGUCGUGCUGCAAGAUGUCCGACAUCGUGGAUGAAGGCAUCACGCUUGUAGAAUAUAUUAACAAACGCCGGGAGCCAAUCCCGAGCCUGGAGGCCAUCUACCUGCUCAGCCCUGUGGAGAAGUCGGUGCAGGCUCUGAUCGAUGACUUCCAGGGCACCCCCACCUUCACCUACAAGGCAGCUCACGUCUUCUUCCUCAGCCCGUGUCCUGACCCUCUGUUCAACGAGCUGCGGAAGUCACUGAUCACCAAGGCCAUCAAAACCCUCAAGGAGAUCAACAUGGCCUUCCUGCCCUAUGAGAGCCAGGUGUACUCCCUGGACAGGCCACAGACCUUCCACAUCUGGUUCAGCCCCUGCUCCGCCUGGGAAAAGAAUGAGGAGCUGGAGAUGCUGGCAAAGCAGAUUGCCACAUUGUGUGAAACCCUGGAGGAGUAUCCAGCCAUCCGCUACAGGAAGGACCAUGAAGAUAACUUCCACCUGGCGCACGUUGUACUGGCCAAACUCAAGGAGUUCAAGGCAUACGAGCCCAGCAUGGGAGAGGGCCCUGACAAAGCCCGCUCUCAGCUGCUGAUUGUGGACCGGAACUUCGACCUGGUGUCCCCACUGCUGCAUGAGCUCACCUUCCAGGCCAUGGCCUACGACCUGCUCAGCAUCGAGAACACCACCUACAGGUACAAGACAACGGGCACCAGCGACUCGCGGGAGAAAGAGGCGCUGCUGGAUGAUGAUGACGAACUCUGGGUGCAGCUAUGCCACCUGCACAUCGCUGACGUCUCCAAGAAGGUGACUGAGCUGCUGCACACCGUCUAUGAGAGCAAGAGGCUGACCACGGACGAGACCGACAUCAAGGACCUGUCCCAGAUCCUGAAGAAGCUGCCCGAGUACCAGAGAGAGCUGAACAAGUACUCCACGCACCUGAACCUGGCCGAGCACUGCAUGCGGCACUUCAAAGGGACGGUGGAGAAGCUGUGCAGUGUGGAGCAGGACCUGGCCAUGGGGACGGACGUGGACGGGAAGGUGAUCAGGGACCCGAUGAAGUUCAUCCUGCCCGUCCUGCUGGACCCCAGCGUGCAGGCCUACGACAAGAUCCGCAUCAUCCUGCUCUACAUUCUCCUGAAGAAGGGUAACGCCACAGGCCGGCAGGGCGCAGCACUGGGAGGCCUGCUGCUGCAGGGGGCACUCCUGGAGGCGGGGCCCAGUGAUCCAUUCUGUUCUUUUCUCUGCCUCUGCCCUGCCAGCCUGGCUGGAGCGACUCAGAGAAGGCAGCUGCGAUCCGAGAGGAAGGUGCGGCCGGAGUCCACCUACCCGCUCUCCCGCUGGACCCCCAGGCUCAAGGACGUCAUGGAGGACAUCAUUGAGGACAAACUGGACAAGAAGCUGUAGCCCUUCAUGUCAGACCCGGUCCCUACCACCAGCUCCCAGGCUGCUGUCAGUGCCCGCUUCGGGCAUUGGCACAAGAACAAGCCAGCGGCCGAGUACUGGACGGGCCCACGCCUCUUCAUCUACGUGCUGGGUGGGGUGUCCAUGUCUGAGAUGCGCUGCACCUAUGAAGUGACCCGGGCCACCGAGGGCGAGUGGGAGGUGGUGAUCGGUUCCAGUCACAUCCUAACCCCUAAGAGCUUCCUGGAUGACGUCCAAACCCUCGACCAGGAGGCCCCUGAGGAGGUCUAGAAGCAGCCCCCUCCCCGCAGAGACUCUGCCCCCCACAGCUCGCUGCCCCCAGAGCCACCUGCUCUUUGAAAUAAAGCACCUUCCCCGCUACUCUUGGCAGCGCUGUCAGUUCUUGGGGAGGGACGGGAGAGGGGACGGGACCCCGAGGCUCCCUGGCUGUUAGGCAGGGGGCAGGCCAGGCUCCCGUCUAGGGUUGUGGCCCUCUGUGCCCCAUGGCCACCGCCCCACGGAUGGGAUAGGGGAAGAGUCAGACUCCGUUAUCUACAGCCUCAGCCAUUCCUACCUCCCCUGCCUAGGACCCAAAGCACAGCCCCUCCCCCUCCUAUCACCCCUCUGCCAGCGAUGGGGGGGCGCACAGAGGCUGCUACCAGCGACUGGCUUUGGGGGGGGAUGUGAUCCAGCCACUGAGCCCCAGGCUGUGUCUGUCCAGUCUGCAAAGGGUUAAAGAGAACCCCCCUUCUGCCCCCAUAUCAUCUCCCUUCACCGCCUUGGGGUGCUGGCCCAGCCCUGGCUCCCUGCACCCCUCCCAGCACAGCCUGGCACCCUGGCCUCUCGACCCUGUCCCCCAGUGGGGACCUCGGCUCCAGAAGGGGGGAGGGGUCCUAGGAGGAGUUGCAGUCAGAGUGCCCAAGUAAGUGGGAGUGGAGCCAGGACUGCAUAGGAGGCGUGUCCAGGGUU